AUGUCGCUGCUCAAAGAGAUCCAAGCGAACGCUGCCGUGGCCUGGAGCCCCAUGAAAUGGCGUCCGGAGCUCCUGGCGCUCGGCUCCAAGGGCGACGGCGGCGUCGGCUUUGAGAACAAUGGCGGCGAGUUCAAGCUCGUCUCGAUGGACCUCAGUAACCCUAGCCCCACGAUGCUCACGCUCGGAGCGAUCAAGACGCCGUCCCGCUUCACGUCGCUGGCCUGGCGCGACGUCCCCCGCCAUCACGACACGUGCCCCUAUGGUAUCAUCGCUGGCGGCAUGGCCGAUGGCUCGGUCUCGCUCUGGAAUCCCGCUCUGAUACUGGAUCGAGAACCCGGCAGUGACGCGCCAAUGUCCUGUGAGAUUGGCCGCAUCACGCGUCACAAAGGCGCGGUCAAUGCGCUGCAGUUUAAUCCGCACGAAGACAGUGCACACUUGUUGGCUUCAGGCGGCAGUGACGGAGAAGUGUUUAUCAUGUCCUUGGAGAAGCUGGCCAGUCCUGGUGUGUUCACGCCAGGAGGUCCGGUCGUGACCCCGCAGACGCAGGUGAAUGAGAUCACGAGUGUGGCGUGGAACACUCAGGUGACUUACAUUAUAGCUACGGGCUCGCAAAACGGCACGGUGGUUAUUUGGGACCUCAAGCAGAAGAAACCAUGGUGUGAACUGCGUGACCCAGCGCGGGGAGCGACGACAGCUUUGGUUUGGAACCCGAACGAAGGGCUGCAGAUUGCAACUGCGUCAGGAGAUGACCAGCAGCCUGUUGUGAAGCUUUGGGACUUGCGGAAUUCGACCAGUACGCCGUUAGCUGAAUUCCAUGACCAUACAGCGGGCGUGUUGUCGAUGUCGUGGUGCCCAAACGACCCAGGACUCUUGUUAUCGUGUGGUAAGGACAAUCGGACGCUGCUUUGGGACCUCUUCUCGCGCAAGACGGUUGCGGAACUCCCUUCAGAUGCUCCUGAUGCUCCAGCAAUGGGCUCGGAUCAGUUCUUUGGUGGUGUUCUGGCUGGCCAGCGUCGUUGGAAUGUUCAGUGGUCCCCUCAGAUCCCUGCUGUUGCUUCGACGUGCUCGCUGGAUGGCAAGGUGCAAAUUUGGAGCCUUGCUGGUGGUGGCAACCCAGACUGCCGUCCGCCUAAGUGGAUGCGUCGCCCAGCUGGUGCAUCCUUUGGAUUUGGAGGAAAGCUGGUGACGAUAGCUAACCCACAGGAAGCUACAAGCCACAACGGGGACCAUCGUCGUCUUGUUCAUAUGCAACGUGUAAUCAGUGACACAAGACUCGUAGCUGAGGCGGAGGCUUUGGACCGCUCGCUGGACACAAAAGACUUUCGCGGUUAUUGCGAGCAAAAAAUUGCGACAGCCGCGACAAGCGAAGAGCGCAGUGUAUGGAGUUUUAUGAAGAUUCUUUUCGAGAAGGAUGCUCGCCAGCACCUGCUGCUUCACCUCGGGUUGGACGCAGAAAAGAUUAAUGAACUGAACGCCAAAUUCAACCCUGCAGCAGCAAUUCCACCUGCUGUUGACACGACGGCGCAUGUCCCCAAAGCGCAAAUUGAUCCCGUAACGGGAGCAUUGCUCAGUAGUCGGAUUGAUUCUGGCAUGGGAGCUGAAGACGUAUUCUCAUCAGGCUUUCACCCCAACGGUGGUGACAAGACUACAGCAGCUAAACCAGAGUCUCCGUUGUCCAGUGUUUCCACUCUGGCUGCUGCGCUACCCUCUGUGUUGGAUGAGGAUAAAAGUAAGCGUCUGGAUGCAGCCCCUACUCCUGUAUAUACCGAGGAAUCCGAGAGCACGUUGAUGCAGGCGCUGCUGGUUGGCAACUUCGAAGUGGCCGUCAACUGCUGUUUGGCUUACAACCAGCUCGCUGACGCGUUGCUGCUUGCUUCUUGCGGCGGCCCCGAGCUCUGGGAGAAGACUCAGCGCUCGUUCUUUUCGCAUCAAACGCGUCCAGUGAUGCGAGUAGUGGCGGCCGUUAUCAAGAAUGAGUUGAGUGAGCUCGUGGAUGUGUCAGACCUUACUGAAUGGCGCGAGACUCUGGCGAUUUUGAGUACUUACGCCAAGAGUGAAGAAUUCCCGUCACUUUGCGACAAGCUGGCUACUCGCCUCGAGGCAGCUGGUGAUUUGCACUCUGCAACUCUGUGUUUCAUGUGCGCUGUGAACGUUGUGAAAACCGUGAACGCGUGGUGUGAGGCAAGCAAAGCUGAGGCUCGCGUGCACGGGCACCAUUUUGCACUGCACCGCCUCGUUGAAAAGGUAUCUGUGUUCAGCAUGGCUACCGACCCACCCGACCAAUCCAUGGGUCCCGAAGUGGCUCAGCAUUUCGCCGAUUAUGCUUCUCUGAUGGCUGCAGAGGGCCGUUUGGACAUUGCCGCAAAAUACGCACGCUUCCCGGACCUCAGUUGCGCGAUCUUGAAGGACCGCAUUUAUAACGCGUACCCAGUGCAAGGAUUCCAGCCUCCUCCGUUCCCGUUCGACGUCGUUCAGAUUCAAUCACAGGCACAAAUUCAGCAGCGGCAGCAACAGCAGCAGCAGCAACAACAACAGCAACAACAACACCCAACCCCUGCGCUGCAGCAGCAGCAACAGCGAGGAUACGGCAACAAACCGGCCUACGGGGCGGGAAGAAACCAGUUUGGUGCUACUGCUGCUCCGACGCCCACUCCGGCUCCGAUGCCCGUUCCAGGUGCUUUUGGUGGUGUCCACGCCACGGCUUACCCACCUCAGCAACAACACGCGUCGGUACCAACGCCGGCUUUCCCCAGUCAUCCAAGUAGUUUCCGACCGGUUGUCCAGCAGCCACAAUAUCCUGGUACUCCGGGUCAACCUCCGCAACCGCAGCAGUCUGGAAACUAUCCAAACCAGCAGCAGCAGCCAGCUUAUCCAGGCCAGUCUGCACCGUCUCCGUAUGCGCCUAACCCGGCACCGACACCGUUCCCGGGUCAGUCUGCGGCCCCUGCGUUCCCGGGUCAUGCGAGACCACACCCGGCGCCUCCGCAACAGCCUGGAUACGCCCACCCGCCGCAACCAGGCAUUCCAGGCCAACAACCUCCCCAGCAAAGUUUCGUGUCGGGUCCCCCAUCGUCGUCAGGUGGCCGUUCGCGCCAGCAGAUGUACUCCGGACCUCCAUCGACGGGUGGCACUCCCCACAUGCUUGCUGCGUCGUCACCUGCUUAUGGUGGCGCUCCUCGUCCUGGGACGGGGUUUGGUGCUGCUGCUGGUGCGUCGCUUGCCGCCCCUGCUUCACCAUCCAUUCCCCAGGGUACGGGGGUGCAUCCCCUUUCGGCUGCAAUAGGAUCGUCGCGCAUUGCCAAGCCGUCUGUUGAUAUGACAUCGCAUCAACGAGAUGGGUUCGUCAGUAGCGUGGGCAACAAGGAGCUGACACUCAAAUAUGGGAAUGCUACGACAGCUUCGCUCUCACCCGUUGCAAACGCCACACCGAAAGCCGGCGGUUUUGCACCGAACGUUGUGCCGGGCAGCACCGAGAAUGUCGGUCCUCAGGAUCUUCCGAUUGUGAACGCGUUCAACGACCUUGUGGGCAACCUCCAGGCUCUCCCUCUCACAAUGAUGGAGCAAAAACAGUUGCAAGAGAUACAAAAAGGCAAGGAGAUCAUGUUCACGAAGCUCAAUAUUGGCGAUCUGACGCCGGAAGUCGUGUCCCGACUGCACGAGAUAGUGGCAUGCUUUGGACGGCGCGAUUUUGGUAGUGCCCAGACCAUCUACGUGGCUCUCACGGCUUCAGACUGGGCGCAGCACAAGGAUUGGCUGCGUGGCCUUAAAUCGCUCAUCCACAUCUCCAUGAAGCGCUUUAGAUAA